AUGCCGGUUGUAAGAAGGGAGCAGACUGCGGCUUUGAGCAUAAUUGGAAUGCUAUCCCAGUUGGUGACAGGCCACAGCGGUGUCGAACAUGAAACGGCAGCAACGGGUCCCGGUAAUCCAGCGCCUGGUAAUGCUGUAAGUCACCAGCAGAUUAAAUCGAUGCUAGCAGAUGCCGCUGUGAUUCUGCAACAGGCAAUGCCAUCGCAGGAUCGUCCGGUUAUCCAAGCUACACCGAUUUCUCCUCCGGCGGUAAGUCCAUCUUCGUUAGGUCCGGCUAAUACAACAUCUGGACAGGGAACAGGCACUUCUUCGACGGGCGGUACCCCAGCAACGCUGGCAUCACUCAGCGCGCAGAUUGAGGGACUCAAGGCCAUGGCCAGGGAUCAUGAAGUCAAGGCACUCUCAGUUACUUCUCUUCAGAGGGUCGAGGAGGCUGAGGGAGACAGGGCACUCCUGGAUAGCGGCGCAACACACGCCGUGAUACCCUAUUCGGAGGGCUUAAGAGAUCUUCAGACGGUACCGGUGACAUUGGCAGGUGAAGCGAGAGCUGUGUGGUUGCGUACAAAGGGAGGCACACUGGUGGAGACGCAGGCGUUGAGCCUUAUCCGUGAGCUUGAGGAAGCAAGGUUGAAAAGGUUUGAGGAAGAGGUUCAGGACCUUGAGUGCCACCUUCAGGCUCUGAAUGCCCCAGUCAAUCCCACCGUGGCGGUUCAGAGGUACAUCACAUCCGGUAAUAGAGGAGAUGCAUUGAGGGCGAUCUUUGCACAACCGUAUUUGCAGGGUCUUCCGGAUGAAAUGACGGUUCCAUUAGCGGAGGAACUCCCUGGGAUGUCCGAGGAUGCUGGUAAACGAAUUCUGAAAAGACUUCCUUUGAAACGGGCGCGUCGAAGGGCACUUCUUGCCUUGGCUGGUCCAUUUGUGUUCCGGUCCUGA